CUGUGUGGGGGGUGGGGGGGGACUGACAGAAGUCCUAAAACUCAGACGCAAACUCCAAAUCAAUUCCAGUUUGUUGUUGAGAUGCUGUGAGGAGUUGAGGUCUCUCUCGCUGCGUUGCACUGGAAACAACUGUAAGGACAUGAAUAAGAACGAUCCCUGUGCAACGACUGACGGUGGUGACGAGACGUCCUCGAAGUGUUUUCGUGGGGAUUUACUGUAAAAUGUGCUGACUGUGUAAUUUGUAGGCGAACGUGGCAACCGAUUUGCACACAGCGAUUUAUCACAAACUGCCUUGACCAAUGUUGAGCUUGUGAAUGUUUUAUUUGAAGAGGCAGGUGUUGCAGGAGCGCCCGUCACAAUGUUGUGGCGGAGGGGAGGGGUCGGAGGAGAGGGGAGAAAUGUGACUGACACUGCAGAUCGGCUACGUACAAACAUUGGUUGGUUUAGCAAGUGUGUGUUGGACUUAUGUGAAAACCAAAGAAGAAUGGGAGGGAAGAGCAAAAUGAGCUGCAUCACCAUAUCGGUGCAGGGGAUGACCUGCAACUCCUGUGUGCAAACCAUCGAGGCAAAGAUCGGAAAAUUACAAGGCGUCCGCAAGAUACAGGUCUCGCUGGACAACCACAAUGCUGCCAUUAUGUACGAUUCGGAAUUCCAGAGCCCGGAGUCGCUGCAGGAAGCCAUCGACGACAUGGGAUUUAAGGCCACUUUGAGCGACAAUGGCACGAUCCCCGUCACUGCGGAAACCUCACUCCUCGGCCUCCCAGCCCCCUCCCCCUGCACCGGCAGAGAGUCACGCGUCCCACCUGAGGGGGGGGACGGACAGAGAUUGCUGGAUGAAAGCCCCUCGACUCCAGACUACCUCCCCACCCCGGGGACCCCCGGCCAGGAGAGCGAGGGGCUGCCCGCUGGGGAUUCUACGGCAGACGACAGGUGUUCAGCCACCGAGGAACCUGGGUUAAACCAUGGCAGCGAAAUGGUGGUGAAGAUGAGGGUGGAGGGCCUGACCUGUCACUCCUGCUGCAGCACCAUUGAGGGCAAAGUCGGGAAACUACAGGGCGUCCAGCGGAUUAAAGUUUCGCUGACGAGUCAGGAAGCCACCAUUGUAUACAAUUCCCACCUCAUCACAGCCGAGGAGCUCAGGAAUCAGAUCGAAAGCGCUGGCUUCCCCUCCACCAUCAGGAACAAGACCAAACCCCUGAAGCUGGACGUUAACAUUGGCAGCCUGGUGAACACCAACCCCCCACAGCAGGUGCUCAAGCCCAGGGCAGAGGAGGUGACCGAUUGUCUGGUGCUCUCAAUACAGGGAAUGCAUUGCAACUCCUGUGUCGUUAACAUCGAGAGUAACUUAGCAGCACUUUCUGCCGUAGAGAACGUCAAAGUCUCUCUGGAAGACAAGAGGGCUGUUCUACAGUACCGCCCUGCCCUCACCACACCAAAUGCCUUAUGUGAAGCUAUUGAGACCCUACCUCCUGGCGGCUUCAAAGUCUCGGUGGUUGACGGAUUUAGCUCCGAGGAAUUGGUGCCCUGUGCGUCAGCAACCUCACCACCACAGCCUUUGCCGCACUCCACCACCCAGCGGUGCCCGACCAGUGUGGCAGUCAUUGACAUUAAGGGGAUGACCUGCAAUUCCUGCGUGAGAUCUAUAGAGGAAACCCUCUCCAGAGGGGACGGUGUCUUGUCUGUUACGGUUUCUCUGGCGCAGAGCACAGGGACGGUGGAGUACGACCCUCUGCUCACCAAUCCUGAGGAGCUGAGGUCGGCCGUGGAUGAUAUGGGAUUCGACGCAGCUCUUCCUGUGAGCACAGAAGCAGCAGUGUUGCCGGCUGAAGUUCUCCCCCAAGUCUCCGUGAGGGACAGAAAGCUGAGGAACGGGACGUGUGAAACCUGGGCGCCCAAAAUCAAGAGCGAGGUCCAGCCGCAGGAACCCGACAACUCAGUCCUCAGCUCCGAGGCUCCGACCGCGACAAAAUGCUUCAUCCAAGUCAACGGCAUGACCUGCGCCUCCUGCGUGGCCAACAUCGAGAGGAACCUCAAGCGGGAAAACGGUAUCUAUUCUGUGCUGGUGGCUCUGAUGGCGGGGAAAGCUGAGGUACGGUACAACCCAGCCGUCGUGAAGCCCCCAGACAUUGCCGAGUUCAUCAAGGAGCUGGGCUUUGGUGCCUCUGUGUUGGAGGAUUACGAUGGGUCAGACGGUCAUUUGGAGCUUAUUGUCCGAGGCAUGACCUGCGCCUCGUGUGUCCAUAAUAUUGAAUCGACGCUCAUGAAAACCAAAGGUAUAUUGUAUACAUCCGUAGCUCUUGCAACCAACAAAGCCCACAUCAAGUUUGACCCGGAGUCCAUUGGCCCUCGCGAUGUGAUCAAGUGUAUUGCGAAUCUCGGCUACGAGGCUUCCUUAGUCAAAAGAGAUCGCUCCACGAGUCACCUGGACCACAGGGAAGAAAUCCGCCGAUGGAGACGAUCCUUUGUGAUCAGCCUGGUGUUCUGUGUGCCCGUGAUGAGCAUGAUGAUUUACAUGAUGAUUGUGGACCACGUCUUCUACAGCCACCACUACAACAACGCCAGUGCCGGGGAGCUGGAGAAGCACCACUCCUCCAUGUUCCUGGAGCGCCAGAUCCUCCCUGGGCUCUCGGUUAUGAACCUGCUAUCGUUCGUGCUCUGCCUGCCCGUCCAGGUUGUCGGAGGCUGGUACUUCUACAUCCAGGCCUAUAAUGCGGUGAAGCACAAGACUGCGAACAUGGAUGUCCUGAUUGUUCUGGCCACGACGGUGGCCUUUGUUUACUCCUGUGUGGUCCUGGCUGUUGCUAUAGUGGAACAGGCCAAGGUGAACCCCAUCACUUUCUUCGACACCCCACCGAUGCUGUUCGUCUUCAUCGGCCUGGGGAGGUGGCUCGAACACAUCGCCAAGAGCAAAACGUCUGAGGCGCUAGCGAAGCUGAUGUCCUUACAAGCCACCGAGGCCACUAUAGUGACUCUGGGCCGUAACAGAUCUAUUCUCAGUGAGGAGCAGAUCGAUGUUGAGUUGGUGCAGCGAGGGGACAUUGUCAAGGUGGUCCCGGGAGGCAAAUUCCCUGUCGACGGCAGAGUGAUCGAAGGAUAUUCAAUGGCUGAUGAAUCCCUGAUCACUGGGGAAGCCAUGCCGGUGACUAAGAAACUAGAUAGCAUUGUCAUCGCCGGCUCCAUCAACCAGCACGGAGCCUUGUUGAUCGAAGCCACUCACGUCGGGUCAGACACCACCCUCUCCCAGAUUGUCAAACUGGUGGAAGAGGCGCAAACCUCCAAGGCUCCCAUCCAGCAGUUUGCCGACAAGUUGAGCGGUUACUUCGUGCCGCUUAUCGUUGGUGUCUCGAUCGUCACCCUGAUCGCCUGGAUCAUCAUCGGCUUUCUAAAGUUCGACCUCGUGGAGAUGUACGUGCCCGGUUACAACAGGAACCUGUCUCACCCGGAGGUGAUUAUCCGCUUUGCCUUCCAGGCCUCCAUCACAGUGCUGUGCAUUGCCUGCCCCUGCUCCCUGGGCUUGGCAACGCCCACCGCUGUGAUGGUGGGUACUGGGGUAGGGGCACAGAAUGGCAUCCUUAUUAAAGGAGGGGAGCCCUUGGAAAUGGCACACAAGAUUAACACGGUGGUGUUUGACAAGACGGGGACAGUGACCCACGGAACGCCUGUUGUGAUGAAGCUGGAGAUGCUGACGGAGAGUAACCGCAUGCCUCGCACCAGGCUGCUGGCUGUGAUCGGCACCGCGGAGACCAGCAGCGAGCACCCUCUGGGGGUGGCUGUGACCAAGUACUGUAAGCAGCAAUUGGGGUUAGAAAUCCUCGGCUCUUGUUCGGAAUUUCAAGCUGUCCCGGGCUGCGGAAUCAAGUGUAAAGUCUCCAACUUGGAGUCGGUGCUGAACCGGAGCAGUCGGAGUGCAGAGGAGCGCGUCGAGGGGAACUCUAUGCUGAUUCAGAUCGACGAGCGGAGCUGUGGAGACGCCUCACCACAACAGCUCACCAAGGAGUCCGCAGGGGCUGGUGAUUCGCUGGCCUAUCUGGUGCUGAUUGGGAACCGCGAGUGGAUGAAGAGGAACGGGCUGCACGUCAGCGGGGAGGUGGACGACGCCAUGAUUGAGCAUGAGAGUCAGGGGCACACGGCCAUCCUCAUCGCUGUGGACGGAGUGCUGUUCGGAAUGAUAGCCAUCGCAGAUACUGUGAAGCCAGAGGCAGAGCUGGCUGUCUACACGCUGAUCAGCAUGGGUCUGGAGGUGGUUCUGAUGACUGGAGACAACAGUAAGACAGCCAGAGCCAUUGCUGCUCAGGUAGGAGUGACCAAGGUGUUCGCUGAAGUCCUGCCCUCACACAAGGUGGCGAAGGUGGCCCAGCUGCAGAAGGAGGGGAAGGUGGUGGCGAUGGUGGGAGACGGAGUCAAUGACUCCCCGGCACUGGCCAUGGCUGACGUGGGCAUCGCCAUCGGCACCGGCACAGAUGUGGCCAUCGAAGCCGCUGACGUGGUAUUGAUCCGAAAUGACCUCCUGGAUGUGGUGGCCAGCGUUCACUUGUCCAAAAAGACCGUCAGACGAAUCCGGAUAAAUUUUGUGUUUGCUUUAAUCUACAAUAUUAUUGGUGUUCCUAUUGCUGCUGGGGUCUUCCUGCCAGUGGGGCUGGUCCUGCAGCCGUGGAUGGGUUCGGCAGCGAUGGCAGCCUCGUCUGUUUCGGUGGUGGUCUCCUCGCUCCUCCUAAAGCUUUACAAGAAACCCGACCCCGCGAAGCUCGAGCACCGAGCACGGCACCGCCUGAAACACAGGUCUCUGUCGGAGAUCAGCGUGCACAUCGGGAUGGGCGAGAGCAAGCGUGAGUCCCCGAAGCUCAGCCUGCUGGACCGCUUCGUGCACUACAGCCGAGCCUCCAUCAACUCUCUGCGCUCGGAGAAGCGCUCCGGCACCAACAUCCCACUGCAGGAAGCGGACCGUCACACUCUGCUCCUGGGCAGGGACGAGGAGGAUGUAGUCUGAGCCGCAGCCCCGACACGCACGCCAUCGUCAAACCUCAGGCUUCGUCUCCUCUCUCCGACACCCGGGACUGGUGUAGGAUACAGGUGUGAACGGGCAGAGGGUGGGAGCGGAUCAGUGCUUCUCUCCGAGCCUGCGCAACACUAACAACUUCAUAUAUAUUUUGGACCUUUUACCUGCAUCCCCAGGAGGGUAAAGAGGGCUAGAUGUUAGUUUUCUCUUCUCUCUUAUCUUCUCUCACACUGAGCCAACCUGGUAACGCAAACCAGGAACUGGUGACAUUGCCCAACCAAAGUAACUGGACUCCUGACCAACUCCUGACCUCUUGGGGUCGGUUAAUGCUACUUUAGUGACCCAACCACUGGGUGUCGCAAUUUGUCCUUUAGUCCUUUGCUGCCCAGUUAGGACAAAACUCUGGCUCUUGAGGGCAGGGAUCAACGUUUCAUAGGAACAAAGGUACAGGAGGAGGCCAUUCGGCCCAUCGAGCCUGUUCUGCCAUUUUAGUAGAUCUUUUAGUCCCAUUUCCCCAUCUUUUCCCCAACAUCGCUGACUCCGCAAGUCUCUAAAUAUCUCUCCAUUGUGAACACUCUGCAACCUUCGUAACUUGUGCUUUCCUCUCUCUUACUGCCUUCUGCACGAAGAAAUCUAGACUUUCCCAAAUUAUUCCUGUCCUUUCAUUAGUUUUCUCUUUCUAUUUGAGCCUCUGUGUGUGUGUGUGUGUGUGUGUGUGUGUGUGUGUGUGUGUGAAACU